AUGUCGAAAAACAAUUGCUGCGUUGUAAAUUGUUCUAAUACUUAUAAAAACAGUACAGGCAUAGUGUUUUAUAGUUUUCCUAAUAGAAAAUAUGAAGUAGCAUUGAAAGAAAAAUGGAUUAGAGCAGUCAAUCGAGUUCAAGAAGAUGGUAAACCUUGGCGUCCACAACCGCGUACUCUUAUUUGUAGUGCUCAUUUUAUAGGGAACAAAAGAUCACAUGAUCCUAGCAGCCCAUCCUACAUUCCUACUAUUUUCCCAAAGGUAUAUAAAAUUAAGGAAACUAACCAAGAACAAAAGAAUGCAAGAUAUGAACGUUCUAAAAAACGACAAGCAUUAGAAUCCAAUACUUUAAGUUCUACUGUUACAACUAAUAUCUCUGAAAGCUUAAUAGAAUUGAAUGAUUCAGUAUGCAGUUAUAAUAAAACUAUGAUCAACAAAUCUACCCAAGUAGCAUUUGAUGGAAUAGAAAAUUAUUUUGUAUUUAAUUGUGAGUACGAAGGAAAUAAUGCUGCAACUCAAGUGACUAUUCCGAACAAUUUUAUGGAAUUUAAUAAACCAAAAACUGAAGAUAAGUCUUGUGGUAUAGAGUCAUCAAACAAUAAUUCUUGUUUAUCUUGUAAUACUUUCCAUGGUUUUCAAUCCAUUGAAUCUGAGCAAUCAUUAAAAGACAUAACAGGCAUAACGUUUAAAAUAUUUGACUUUCUGCUAUCAUUAAUACCAAAUAAUAUAAACUCUCAGACUAUUCUAAGUAAAGAAAAUUAUCUUUUGAUUUUUUUAAUGAAACUUAAGUUAGGUUUAACUUAUUCUGCACUGAGUGUUUUUUUCAAAAUUCAUAGAACUACUGUUAGUAGAGUUUUUUUAGAAUGUUUACACAUUUUGUCUAAAAAAUGCAAAAAUUUAAUAUUUUGGCCUUCUAAAGAUACUAUUUUGGAUACUCUACCUGUUGUAUUCAAAAAAAAUUAUCCAAACUGUAGAUGUAUCAUAGAUUGCUCUGAAAUCAGAGUCGAACAACCCAAAACUAUAAAACAAAGAGUAUAUAUGUAUUCUCACUAUAAAGGUUGUUAUACUGUGAAGGUACUUGUGGCUAUUACCCCUAAUGGGAUGGUAAGCUUUUUAUCAAAAGCAUAUGGUGGCAGGUCUAGUGAUUCCUUUAUUACGAAUGAUUGUGGGUUCUUAGAUAAACUUGAAAUUGGGGAUGAAGUACUUGCUGACAAAGGUUUUCCUGGUAUAAAAUCUGGGAUAGAAGGUCAAAAUUCUAUACUAGUUAUGCCUCCAAUAUUACACAACCGUAGAUUUUCUGAAGAAGAAUUACUUAAAACUUACAAUGUUGCAAGUAUGAUAUUUUGUUAA